UGACAAGAUAAAAAUAAAAACAAUAAAGCAAUACAUAGAAAGUGCGCGCAUAUCGGAUUAUUAGAAAAAAAGAAGUUGUGUAUAAUAUUGCUGAGAGCACCAGUUUCCCACUUCACUAAAAAUAUGGUCAGAGCAAGUUAUGGAGUAGCUAACAAAAAAACCGAAAUGGUACAAAAGCAGACGAGAAUAAUACGUCGUUCAAAGCGCUAGCUUCCCAUUUAUGUGGUUGGCAGAGCUUUGCGACGGCGCGCACAAACCGAGUCAACCUUCGAACUAGUGGUACCUACAGAUUCAGUCGAAAGCCUACCGUUGACGCGUUGAUUUGGUGCAUAGGGAGUACUGAAUAACCUUUAUUUAGAUCAGUCAAAGUCAAGUGAAGUUGCAUUAUUGAUUUAGCAGUGUAAUCGCAUUUUAACAAAUAGCUAUUGUUUAUCAAAUGCUUUUCUUUAAUCGUACAAUGGAUUAUCUACAAGAGAUUUAUGGCAAAGUUGUUGGAUAUGUAUAUGGUGAAAGCAGUAACAAUAAUAUACCACGCAAAAUAGUCGCUUUUGGUAACGUGUUGCUGGACCAUACCGCGCAGCUUCCGAAUGGCGAAACAGAGCUAUUGAAACGCUUUCAAAUACCGGCAGAAUCGAAGGGAGAACUUGACGCGGAGACUUUAGCAAAGCUAGCAACGGAAGCAGCUGAACGUGUGCAAUUUGAGGUAAAUCCCGGUGGCUCAGCUUUGAAUACAGUGCGUAUACUCAAACAACUCGGUACAGAUGCACUCUUCUUUGGCGCUGUGGGUGAAGAUAAAGCAGCAGAGAAAUUAAAGGAAAUACUACAGGAACGUGAGAUUGAAGCGAGACUCGCCACGGUGACUGAUGUGCCGACCGGCCAAUGUGUCUGCAUCGUCAACAAAGACACGAAAACAAAGGCAUUGUACGCGAAUAUUGGCGCAUCCGCCAAAUUUUCCGUUGAUCAUUUACGAAAAGCCGAGCAUGAUGAGACACAGGCCUUUCUGCGACCCAUCGAACGUAAACAAAUACUUUACAUCGAAGGUUUCUUUGUUGCGCAACGCCAAGACGUGUGUGACUUCAUUGUGCGGAGCUACAUUAGGGAGCGACGUCGCUUAGCAAUCAAUCUAAAUGCCGAAUAUAUUAUCAAAGAAAACUUCAGAUCACUGCGCGAGCUGGCGCGUGCAGCAUUCUUCAUUUUCGGCAAUCGCAAAGAACACAUGACUUUCGCGCAGCAGCUGGGUUACGAGUCAAUCGAUGAUGCCGCCAAACAUUUGCUGGAGCAAAGCAGCACACCAAAAGUGAUUGUGGUGACAAAUGGACGUGAAUAUGUACAGUUAAUUACCAACUAUGAGGAUGAAUACUCAGUGCCAGGUGCAAUAACAUUUCAAAGCUUCCACGUGCCACGCGUCAAUGCAGUGGUGGACUCCACAGGUGCUGGUGAUGCAUUCGUGGCGGCAUUCUUGCAUGCUUGGCUAGAGAAACGCCCGCUGAGCGAGUGUGUGCGUGUGGCAAGCGAUGUGGCGGCCAAAGUGGUGACGGUGGUGGGUUGCAAUCUACCAUGAAGUUAUCACAUGCGGUAAAUUUAACAACGAAGCAAUACUAAACGCUCGUAAACAGCGGUUUUAAGUUCUUUAAAAGUGGAAAAUAAGAAUUCUUAAAUAUGUAUUUAUUAUUACAUUUUUGUAUUAGUUGCUAAGUAUAGCGUAGUUUCAUCAUUGCACUCAUAAUUAUUGGCUGCCUCAUUAACAUUUGUAUGCCACAAGUGUACUAUAUAUGGCUACAGAACCAAGUAUACAGCCAGUCACAUGCUAAUCGGUCUCAAUUUUCGCCACAUUUCUCAUACAAUUACUUGCGAAUGCCUUGACAUUGACUCAUAUAAUGUCUCAGUCUCAAUCUCAUCUCGUGCACAAAGCGGUAAUGCACAACGCUGAUAAAUACACAGCGCCAUAAUUUCAUAACAAUAUCCACCAUAAAAAGUACUUAAGCUUAUGUACUCAAGUGUUUUUUUAUUAUUAUCAUUAAUCACCUCGUCUCACUUGUACGCGACCCUACACAGUUUUAUAUGUGUUAUUAAGUUUAUAUAGCGUUCUAUAUUCAGUAGCUUACUUGUAGCUAUGUAUGAGCGUAUAUUCUGUUUUCUAGCACUGAGUGGGCCGUAAUUAGAAUGUACAAAUUUCAUAUAAUUGCUCGCGCUCAAAUCUCCAAAGCUUACUAUGCUUACAAUUUCUUAUAGAAUAGUUUAUUUAUAGAUUCGCUUUGUAAUGACAAACGAUUUAAAACUAAUGCAACGGGUAACCGCAAAUAUCCGCAAAAAAAAUACAGAAUUAUUUUUUAUGUAUCUAUAUCUAUAAUGAGACAUUCUUACCGCAUUAUAAAAUUGCAUCUAGACUUACUUCAUUUCCAUUUCAAUACUUAUCUCAGUUUAAAUGACUUUCAUAAAUAUUUUUAAGUGCCUUAUUUUAAACACAUAAAUUUUUUCAUUAUUUAUUACAUACAUAUAUUUUUAACAAAAAUUUAAAUGUGCAAUAUGCAGAUUUUAAAAAAAUUUCGUUUUUAAUUUUAAAUUGAUAUUCUUCUGGCAUUAAUUUCACAUAUCAAAGAUUUUUCUUUACUCAUAUAUGAAACCAUAAAAUUAAAAUAAGUUAUUCAUGAUGGUUGUAAGUGCCUUACAAAUGCGCAAAAAUAUAUAUAAUAAUAAAUAUGCCGCUCAGCUUUAUAUGAGCUUGCAUUUUACUUAUUAUACCAAGUUCUCCAACUUCCAAAAAAAUCAUACAAAUAAAUAAAAAUAAAUGAAUUA